AUGGGGAGGGAGGUGGCGGAGAGCUGCGUGGACGGGAUCGUCAUGGAGAUGGUGUCCGCGUACAGCGACAGGUUCUACGCCACCAAGCCAGAGCUCGCCGCCCGCCGAAUCGAGGCUAUUGGUUACCAGGUCGGGCUGCAGCUCUCUGAGAGGUGCGCUGCCAUUCUUCCGUGUUUUUAUCGCCGGAUUUGUUCGAAGUUUUAUUAUUCGUGAAGGAAUUUUAAGUGUUUCUCGGAGAUAGGUAAGAUUUCUUGCGCGGCUCCUUUGGAUUUGGCUGCUGUUGGAAUAGGAAUUUAUUGAUGUGUUUUGAAAGGGUUCGGUUAUUUUUAUGAGUUUUAGACCCAUUAUCAUUGAUAUUACGUGUAUAUUUUACCUUUUUUUUUCUCUGGAGAAAUGGUGCUCAUGGACAAGUUUUAUUUUCGCCUACUUGUGGGAAAUUAAACUUAUAAUCUGUAAACUUGUCUAGGUGUAAGAGGGUGGAAGAAAUUUUCAGAAAUGGAACGUCUGAGAUCCUUUCCGUAUGCUUUUAACAGCUCUUAUAGGUUUUGAAAAUUUAUUUCAAACUCUAAUGAGAGUUUCCGAAGAUCAAUUCUCUCCCAUAGUAAAAUACUCUAUUACCCCUGUCAGACAUCCAUCUAAUCUCUAUUGUCAAAAAUUAAAUCAGUCCUUAUCUUUCAUUAACCUUAUUCUGAGGGUUGGAUUGAUAACACCGUUUCUCUGAUUCUAAUCCAAUGCUAAUGUAGAGCAGCCAAAAUGUAGUACUUUUGGAAACACAGUAUUUGCAAGCCUUAUGACAUGAUUGGCUAAUCCAAAUUCAUUUUGGGACCAAUUCCUGUCAGACCCAGCCAAAAGCUGCAGAAAUUGGAUUAUGAUGCUGCUGAACCUAUACAAGCAUGGAGUGAAGUCCAGAAACUGUAAUGUUGAUGCAGCCUUGAUCGUUUACUUGGCAUCACCUUGCAUAGAGAGGAUGCCAUGGAGAUAGUAGGUCCUGAAACAUUGCAAUGCACAUGACUUCUUCACCGGUUCUAACUGAACUCUUAUCAUUAUAAUGAUCCUGUUGAUGAUAAAUAUGAUAAAAUAGAGACUGUGUAGAGGAUGGCAACUGGUGUCAGAAAUCAUGUGAACGAUUCCUAGGCUGUCAUUUCCUCUGGAUCACUUUGAUCUCUCUUAGCAGAGGCCAGGCUCGAUAGAGUUGUUUUGCAUUAGACCUGUGGACUUCAUGCUGCGUGUGCUUGUCUCCUUCACCCAUAUUGAUGUGUGGUCAUUCCAUGUGCUUGAGAGAAAAGCCCAAAUAUUGGCCUAGCCUAUAAUCCUGGCAGAUCGGGUGUUGAGAAAGGGAUGAAGAAAUGAGUUUAGAGGAUACUGGGAAGAACCCACGGUGGGUUUCAGGUUGAUGUGUCUUUGCUUGAGGAAGGAUAAUUUAAUUUAGAAUCAGUACGUUAGGUACUGCCAAAUGAAAUUUUGAAUUAGUAUGUUUGGUAUUGGACGUGAUCAGUUGUGGGUGCAAUGUGGAGCUCAUCUAGACAGGUGCAGCCAUAGAUUGAACCUGGAAUUCGGGAGAAUGCAUACAUUUUAGGGAAUGCUGUCUCACAUAGCUUGAGAGCUACAUGAAGAGCUUGAAGGUGAUAAUUUCAAUUAGAACACUUGAUGUCAUGUGUUUGGAACCUGGAACUGGGAAAUAUCCUUAUUCUUGCCGUGGUUGAAAUAGAUGACUUUUGUCUAUAUUACCUUAUCCUGUAGUGGGUGCUGGUCUUGGGAAUUGACAUCCAGAUGGGAGGCUAAAUGCAUCAUCGGCGUGGCCAUGGGCUGUAACAACAUAAUGACACUCUGGUUAUAAUUAGAAUCAUUAUUGUGUUGAUUGAUUCCGCGUGCACACAUGUAUGGAGACAGAUGAAGAAUUGAUAUAUUUCAUUUCCUCUUGUAGCUUUAAUUGCAUUACAUUGCUACAAAAAGACGAAUGUCCUUUUCUUUUCUUUUUGGAAUUAUUGAAAGGAGGGAAUCAAUUUUCAAGUUGUGAAGAAACUGAUUUUGAUGAGUUGUGAGGAUUCAGAUUUAUGAUUCAAACCUUGAUCUUCGUUGUCAUAUGGGACAUGAUUAGUUAUACUGCCUGCAAUAGAAAGAUGGGAGUGAACUACUCGGUUAUAAGAGUGGUAUGAAUCAUAAAUGAUUGUGAAGAUUUAACUCAAUCUUGCAUUAGCAACCACUCACUACAAUUCAUGAACAAAAUAUAUGCAAAUGGUCAAAGGCAGAAUUUUAGUUAUAGAUCUAAAGGGAAAUGCCUUGCAAACGACUUCUCAAAAGCUAUGGGUAUAUUUCGUCGACAAUGAUUAUUUUAUGGCAGAUUAUUUUAGUUAUGAAUCUCUUCUCAUGUCAUAUUUGUCAUUAUUAGUACCCUGGCGUUUUCGGUGCGUAUUAUAAUUAAAUAUGACCGGAUGGCAUCAGACCUCUGUUAGGUAACCUUCUGGAUCUAAAUGGCGAGAUUUGAGAAGUGUUGCUUCAACUAAUCAGAGAAUUGUAAGUUGGUGGAAUUUUUAUAUUUUUUAAUAUGGGUUAAUAUUAAGCUUAGAGGAACCUAAUGCAGAACUAAAUGAAUUCAUAGGCACGCUAUGCAUUCCAACUGGAGAAUUAAGAUCUCUCCUGAUGCUUUUUUAUUUCGGGGCUCCUAAAUUACACUGAUGACAUGAAUGAUGACCAAAUAAUGUCCGAAGCCCCUCUUGCACAUGAUGUCGCACCCUCCCUUUGCGCAUGAUGACAGACGAGUUGUCUCACCUCUUCAUCUGCUGGCAUUGUACAGAUGAACUGCUUCCUUCAUCGAAGAUUGUGAAGUAGAGCAUCACAUAUAUAAACUUUUUCUAUUUUCGAUCAGAUAGCAUUUAAUAGGCCCGGCUAAACUCUCCAAUGUUCCGGUAAGGUUCAGGUUUAUGUCAAGGCUAUGCAUCAGAUCUUUCCUUUCUUCGUUUUGGGGUUUUCAUUCCGUUUUCCAACUUUCCGUUGCUGGUGGGGCGGCUCAUUGGUACUCUUGAACUACGCUUCUCUCUGCCCAGUUGUGGAACAACUCGAGCCUUCCUCUGGCAAUAAACAACAAUGAAUUCGGAGAAAUCCCCAACAAUCAUUGUCGGCUUUUUGAUAUCUGAAAUUUCAUCCAUCUUGAUUUUAUUUUUUCGACAUAGAUUACCUUGCCGUAGAAAUAUUUAUGCACGAUGAACGAAUUCUUCAUAAUGUCCGUUAUUUAUUGAUUAUUUCCAGGUACACAAUGGAGCGGCCGAGGUUCACUGAUAAUCUAGAGGCCAUCAAGUUCAUAUGCAAAGAGUUUUGGUCAGAACUCUUCAAGAAACAGAUUGACAACCUCAAAACGAAUCACAAGGUGUGUUCGGUUGUUCGUCCGUUGACUGUUGUGUCAUCUAUAUGAAUCUCUGCUUCAUCUUGCAGGGUACCUUCGUGUUGCAAGAUAACCAAUUCCGUUGGCUCACUCGCAUAUCCAUCGAUCAGUCUCUUGAAAGCCCUGAUUCUGCCCAGGUGGGCCCUCCCUCACUGGCUGCCGACAGCCAGGCCGCCCAAUCCACAAGCAUGCAUCUAUAUUUCCCAUGUGGAAUCAUCAGGGGGGCCCUCACCAACUUAGGCAUUCCAUGUGCUGUCUCUGCCGAUAUAUCCAACCUUCCUGCUUGUAAGUUGGACUAAAUAUUUAUCCAGUUCGGGUUAUUUCCACUUUGCAUUUUUUUUUUAUGAGCUAAGCAUCGGCAAUGCCCCAGCUUAGAAGAGAAUCAGAAUCCCAGGAUUGAGUUCUGACCGUCGGAUGUCUGGGUGUUCUAUCCAUGACAGGUUCCUUUGUCAUUCGAAUAAAGGCAUGA